AUGCUGGCGGAAGGUUCGAGCCGAGGCGAGGCGGCGAGGGUUGGAGGGGAUCCAGGCGGGAGGGGACGGGGACGGGGGGGGAGGGUGUCCUGGGUGGUGGCUCUGCUGGCGCUGGCGGCCGUCACCUCGUCCUCGUUGUCGGCGCUGUCGCUGUACCACGUGCUGGCGCUGCAGGCGGAGGUGGAGGGCCUGCGCUCGGAGGUGAACCGGCGGCGCGAGGAACAGACCCAGCAGCAGCAGCAGAGACCCACAGGCCAGGACUGGACCCAGAAUGGGCAGGAGAGGCAGCUUGAUGCGACAAGUGAAACUGUUACUGACAAGUCUGAACAUGCCAAGAGAAGUAUCGGGGAUGGCCAGGCAGUAUUACAGCCCUGUUUGCAGAUCUUGUCAGACAGCAAGAGAACAACCUUUGAGAAGGACUUUAACCUGGAGAAGCACACAGCCAUCCCCUGGCAGACAGGCCUGAGACGGGGUACCGCCUUGGAGCUCCGUGAUGACAUCAUCCAGGUCAACGAGGAGGGCUUCUUCUUCGUCUACAGUCAGGUAUACUACGUUGAUAAAAUGUAUGCGAUGGGACACAUCGUCAUACGCAUGAAAAAGACGGUGGUGGGGGACGAGCGCCAGCAUGUCAUCCUCUUCAAAUGUAUCCAAAACAUGAACCCGACCUACCACUUCAACACCUGCUACACGGGAGGUAUAGUCAAACUAGAGGUGGGGGACAAGGUGGAAUUGCUCAUCCCACGAAAUCCUGCCAAUGUGUCUUUGGGGGGAGACGUCACCUUCCUUGGAGCCAUCAAGUUGGCCUGAGCAUUGAGACUGGAACUAGAGGACACUAGUGCUUGUUUCCACAGUGACUGGGAAAAGUGGGAAAGGUCUCUGCCCUUGACAGACCUUCACAGGGUAGACCAAACCAUACCUGUACGUAGACAACACAACUCCUACCUGUCCUGUACCAUAACAGAAGAUUGAAGAAAGUGUCCAUUUUUCCAAACCAGAGAAGGAUAGUAAUGAAUAUGAAGUGAGAGCAUCAUAAGAUUCAUGUCAGACAGGGGAAACGUCCCCUGUCAUUUAGACCCUUGCUUCUCUCCUGCAACUGAUAACUGAUGCCCAUGGAGGAUCGUACAUUUCACUUUAGCUGGAGCAACAGGAAAAAGAUUAUACACACACACACAUACACACACACACACACACACACACACACACACACACAAGUAAACAGCACACCGGAACCACUGGGAAUGUGUGCAAAAGUUAAUAUUGGAACCCGAACUCUGAUUUAUGUGGUGUGAUCCUGCCUGGAGGUACAUUUUGUAGUGUAAUAAAGGCAUUUGCAUAUCACUUUUGCCUUUCCAUGUUGAAUCCCUUUUAGAUAUCAUAAGCACACCUUUGUAGGUCUUCACUAUGCUUAUCAUUGCAAUGUUGUUGCCACAAUUAAGUAGACAGGCAUCAACUGCGGUGUACAGUACUACCCGUCCAAACUGGCUUGCAGCAGCAGCGCUGUCUGCGUCACUUGACUUGCUUUUAGCAGCUCACACUAAUGCAAACAGGAAGUCUUGACACUUGAUCAGCAUUCUGAAGUGUGUUAUUUUGAGAAUGUACGAAAGAAGGUUGUAUUUCGGACUGAUGGUUCUGUUUUUCUAUGUUAGUAUGUCACUCUGCGCACCUCUUCCAUAUUUGAACAAUGUCUAGUCAUACAUACACUCACUUGUCCACUAUUGUCCUUGUAAUUGUCCUUCAAUUGCAUGUCAGUCUGACUAGUAAUGUCUGUAUGACUGAAGUAAUUUAUUGUUAUAUAAUGAAGUCUUUGUUUAUUUGUUUA